GGCUCAAAUAUUUGUCCUGAUUUUUUAACAACUUUUCAUGAGUUUUUAGUGUUGUUUAUGCAGUGACAAAAUUUUAAUACUACCACCUAUUCUUCAGAAUUCAGAUUAUGAUAUGAGAUUCUUCUGGCUAUAGGAUCAAAUCAGGUAAAUGUACUACUCCCACACACAGUCAUGCUACUAACAAAAGAAUCUGACACUACUACUUGAAAGUUGCCUCUAUGUGGAAAAAAUGAUAUAUACUUUGCCUUACUCCCUUUAUCUGAACUGUCAAUCCUCAUUUUUCUGAACUACUCAAAUGGUCAAAUCACACUUUUCUUACACCCUUCAACACCCCACCCCCCUAAACCACCUAUCUAAAGAACACAAAAACACUCAACACACUGACAUUUCUGAGUGUCUGUUGUGUUUUGUACUGAGAUGAAAGGACUAGCUAAGUAGUGUGCCUCAUGUUGUUGCUGCAGCUGUUUCUGAGUCAUGUAUUUGGUGCUCUGCAUUUCUCUUUCCUAGUGCUACUGUGGCUGAUAGUUAGCCAUUUGUAGGGUGAUCCUUUUGAGGUAAGUUAUUACUAAGACUUAAAAUAGAAACAACAAGUUUCAACUUCAUUUGACCAAAGAGAACAAACUAAACACUGCUACUUACCUGAAAAAUGUCUGCUACUGCCCAUGACUUUGAGCUUGUGAGAAUUCAGACUUGUGUUCUUAAAGUUCAGAUCAACUGUCAUGGAUGCAUGCAGAAGGUGAAGAAACUACUUAGAAGAAUUGAAGGGGUUUAUCAAGUGAAAAUGGAUGUUGAUGAACAAGUGGUCAUAGUAUCUGGGAAUGUGGACUCAGCAACACUGAUCAAGAAGCUAAACAAAUCUGGAAAACAUGCAGAGCUUUUAUCAGAAAAUCCAAUGGAAAACCAAGAAACAGAACUUCUCUACAACUGGUUGAAUGAUGACUUUCACCAAAACCAGGGAGGUCUGAACUGGUGCAACAAUGAGAAGACUCAAAACAGAGAACUCCUUAACUGGAUCAAUAAUACCAAGCAUCAAAACCAAAUGCACAGCUUGUACAAUUCUCUUGGAGCCUCCAAGAGACGGCCUAUGUGUGCCCCUAUUGAACGAGGCUUCGAUCAUUGGGGCAACAAACAGUUUUUGGACCAGAGUAUUGGAAUUGACUCUCUCUCAGGUGAGGCAAAUAAGAACCUUUUUGCACUAGGAAACAUGGAUUAUCCAUAUAAUGUUCAAGAAGAAAGCAUCAUUAACAAUUCAGAUUUCGGGAGAACUUCUGCAUUUGGAAAUCUCCAAAGUCUACAAGGUAGAAGAAAUUCAAUGGUUGAUUUUGAAGGUCUCCAAGACAGUAAUCCUAGUUUUGCUCCAAACCAAGGUCUCAGAAGUAUUAAUUCCUAUUUUGCUAAUUUGGGAAGUGAAGAAUCAGGACUACAGAACUUACACACUGCUCAAGGGGCAUAUGGAUAUAAACCAAGGCCAUUCAGUGAGAUGAAUGACAUGCAGGCUUUCCAUUACAAAUAUCCAGCUUCAACAAUGAACUCUUUUUUUCAUUACCCUCCAACAAUGAUGAACUCUCACAGGCAGAAUAGCCAUGACAAUGGCACUGGCAAUAUCAUCAAUGAUAAUUACACAUAUCAACCAGGAAGGAUUCUCUAUCAGACACCCUAUGGUGUCUUCCCACCCAACAUCAGUCAUUCUUGGAACAUGAAUAACUAUAACAAUUGAGAGACUUACUAUCCGUACCUAUAUAUAGAGAGAUCAGAUUUCAGUUUUCACAUAUAAACAACUAUCGUUUAUUUUGUC